AUGUCUGAGUUCGACACGUCAAUCAGGGAUAGCACCAUAGAGGAGGAUGCCUCUAACAAGUACUGCAGCACCUCACUCUCCUUAUUCAUGCAGAAACUCAGCGACUACCUUGGCCCGAGGAGACGCACUUCGUCAUCGAGCUGCGCUUCUGCGAUUUGCGCUCCCGGUACUAACACCAGCCAGGAAGACCUUAGCCAAGCUAUUGUGGACCAGACCCCCCACCAUACCAUGGUCACUCACUUACUAACUACAGAUGGCAGAGUCGUCUACGCACCCUAUAGGAACAGCGGUUCACGGCCUGUGAUUGAGGAACUCGCCGAGCGUAUCGGAUACGCUCGCACGGCUCACGCUGGAAUCCAGCGGCUGGAUACGGCAUGGAUACGUACACAUUUUAACAGCCUCAACUACGGUAAGUCUCCCAUCCAGGAUUGA